CCAAUGGAAAUGGUGAAGUUUCAAGAACAAAUGGGGAAAACGUUCCUUUGAAGAUCAUUGCGUCUAAUCAACAUAAUCCUGAUGAAGCUAAGCCCUUAAUGCGUCAUCCAGACAGCAAUAAAUCUGACGCUGAGAGAAGAGACCUGAAAGAUGAUAGUCUGAAAUUAACAUUUAGGACUUCAAGAAGACGCAGAUCUAGUCUUCAAGUGGUUCCUGAGCAUGGUUUUCUUUCUGCUGUAUCCAAUGUGAAGUUUGUCUUGCCUGACUGGUGCUCCAUGGAUGCAACAAGAGUCACAAUUGAAAUUAUCAAUAAAAUCGCAAUGCUCAUAGGCAACAAAGUGGCAUCAGUUGGUAUACUACUAGGCUUGCGUCAGGGUGAAAUAGAAACCAUUGAACAUGACCACAAGUAUGAUUUACAGAGACAAAACUAUGAAGUAUUACAUCUGUGGGUUCAACGGCAAGGUAUACUCGCUACUAAGAAAAGAUUAGCCCUAGUUCUAGUGGAGAUUGGAAGGGCAGAAGAGACAUUUCAAUAUUUAUGGCCGGAACGAGAACUUGAACCUGUGACACCGACAACGCCAACAGAUUAUUUUUGGAAACGAAGAAAAAGUGACUCAUCAAAUUUCAAUUUUGAUACAACUGUUCUCCGUAAGAAGGAUUGGACUAAAGAUAGUACAUGGCGUAUUAUUACCCAAAAUUUAAGAGAGAGCGACUCUGGAAAAUUUGAUGAACUUAUUGGAGCUUGCCACGUGCUAAGAAGUAAACUUCCAAAAUUUGGGGUUCUGGAAAAAUGUCAAAGCGCCAGUGGUAAUUCAGACCUUGAGAUUGACCAUUAUGCUAACUCCCUAACCGAUUCCGAUCGUCAAGGUCUUACAGCGAUUAAGGUUAGCGCAGAUGAUAAUUGUUUAUUUUCUGCAGCAUCCAUUGUAGCAUUUGGCUCUGCCAAUCGUUGCUGCGAACUACGGCUAUGCACAGUAAUUGAGCUCUGCUGUGAAAAAGAUUAUUACCUUAAGCAAGAGGCACUUAUUAAGUGUAUGAAGGCAGAGUAUGAACUUACCAAGACAGAAGAUGAUGACAUUUUAAGUGAUGAUGCAAUCCCAGCAGUCUUUGAAGGCUGUGUCAGGGAUACAUUGAAAGAACUAUUCAGUUUGCAUGGUAAUCCAAUUCAAAUGUUUGGCUUAGCAUCUGUGCUAUGAUGCAAUAUUCAGUCCAUCUAUCCUACCAUGGGUGAUACCGAACAAAGCCCAUUACAUGUACUUAUCCCACCGCGUAACAAAGACAUUAAGAACCCAAUAACAUCUUACCUAAUGUGGUCUACUCACACAGAACUUGGUGAGGAUGAAGUUUUUCAUCCGAACCACUUUGUACCACUUUUAGAAAAAUAAGCCAAUUUGAUGAAGUGCUGACCAAGACCUUUUAGCAAAUUUAAACAUUGUCACCUGGUUAAUGUUAUUAGAGCCUUAAACUAGUACUUCAAAAGUUGUUGGCUCAAUUCACAGAUUUGCCUUUAGGUAUUUAUGCAGUUUAUGUGAUUACUGAUUAUCAUGGUAUUACAUUGCAGGUAAAUGUUAAAUUGUGUUGGUUCUGGAGUAAUUUAGAGAUUUUAUUUUAGUGUUCUUGUUAAGAAAAGAUAGAUUCAGUUAUAUAAAUUUUAUUUAGCAGCACACAUAAACUGUGUUAUGCCCUGUAAUAAGUUUUUUAACUGAAACAUUACUGACCAUUAUCAUUAACAUUACUAUUUACUAAACAUUUCCAUUAUAAUCCAUUUCCAUUAUUCAAGCAGUAUCUCAUAGUUGUAACUAUGUAACAAGUUUGUCGAUGGGGUGUGGGGGUGACUACAAAACUGUUUAAACAUCCAUUCCAUAAUUAAAACUUAUAUACUUCAUAUAAAAAAUCAUAGGAACAAUAUAAAGAUAUGGUAAAUUGAGUACAGUACUUUUUUCUGAUAUCUUAAAUAACUUGGCUAAGUGUUUCUUACAAUCAUACAUUUUAUGUACACAUAGAUUCUUUUCUAAGUAAUUUAUGUUUUAGGUGCAAAGGCUGGAAGUGAAGGCUGGAAAUUCUCCCUUUUGUUUUUUUUUUUUCCUGCCAAAAGAAACUCCAAAACUCAUUUGUGUGUAAGAGGGUUUGUAGAUGGAUGACUUUUCACACAGUCUAAUAAUUUUUACAUAUUAAUAAUAGUUUUAAAAUUGUUGUACAGAAACUGCAGAUCUUUAAAUGAAUUUAAUUUAUUAUUUUUAAGGUGCCCAUUUAAACAGUCCAUUAACAUUUAUGUUUCAAAUUAAAUUCAGCGGUGCAAAGAUUCAAGAAAUAUUUGUUAUUCGGUAGCUAAUCAAAUGUCCAAUACUGGGGGUUUAAGCACUUUAAAAUGUCUACCUUUAAUAAGAAUAUAUUAUAGUAACAUGGUUAUACUGACAGUACCUAAAGACAGCCAAGUUAAUAUUAACAUUUUAGGCUGAGAAUAAUUGAUAUUGUAUUAUAUUUUUACUGUACUGUGGUUAUACUUACAGUUAAUAUUGAAAUUUGAGACUGAGAAUUAUCAUUGUUACUGUAUUCUAAUUUUGACUGGAAAUUUGAGGCUGACUAUAAUAAAUGUAUUCUAUUUUUUUACUGAUAUAGAUUUUAUAAUUUCAUAGUCUUCCAAUCUAAGUAAUGUUUUAUUUUUAUCUUGUAAAUGUAUAAGGAUCAGUUUCCUGUAUAAAAUGCCUGUCAAAAAUGAAUCAAUAAUUUUAGGUGCAUUUAAGGGGCUUUGCAAGAUAGGUAGUUUACUCAUUAAAAAUUUGAUUACUGGUUAUUCUAAGUGUUAUUGUUAUUAUUUUUAUUACUAUUAUUAGUACUGGUAAUAUUAUUAUACCUGCUGUUUAUUUAAGCUGUAUAUUUACAAAAUGUUAUGUAUACAUUGUUACCUUAUAUGAGAUUUGUUGCAAUGACAUUUAAUUCAAUAUGUUCUGUGCAUUUUUAUAUAUCUGAGCAUAGUAAUUCUUUCAGCGCAUAUCAGAUAUAUAACUAUUUUUAGUCAUUGUUUACAGAUGUAUACAGUGCAUCAUGACAAUGUGAACUUUUAAGUAAAAAUGUGAAACUUAUCCAUACGAAAAAAAAAAUUAUAUUUUUAGAAUAGAAUUAGAAGUGAAAAUGUGAGACUUAUUCAUACGAAAAAAAAAUUAUAUUUUUAGAAUAGAAUUAGAACAAGUGUUCUUAAAAUAGAUGUUGACAUAAUAUAAUUAAAGUGUGUAGGAGCCUAGAAUGUGGAAAUUUUUUUUAAAACUAAAGCAUUGGCUUAUGGUCGUCUCUCUGUGCUAACGCUUGACGAUGCAACGCUGUCUACUGAUUGUUGGUGGCAGUGUGCUCCCGGUGUAAAGUAAUCGAGGCAGAGAAUUUGUGUGGUUACUUGGCAAAAAGGCAUUUCAUUAAUUUGAUAUGUACAGUAUUGUUAUUAAAUUAUUGGUAUUUAUUUACCUAUUUAUUGCUUGUAAAAUUUAAAUGCUAAAAAUUCUUCAUAAUUGCAUCAUGAUGAAAUUUGAAAUUGAUAAAAUAUACUAUGAAAUUUAUGAGCCCCCCCUCAUGUAUUUGACCCUUAAAAAAGAUUGGGUCUACUGUUCGUUCAUUCAUGUUAAUCCAUUAUCACAGGAGCUACACAGGUGUUGAUGUAUUCAAUUCAAUUCAAUAUUCAAUUUAUUCAACAAAUACCCCCAGGCAGGGGAAGGUAAAAAAAUAUACAGAAAUUUAAAAUGCUCUUGUUAAAUUAAUGAUUGUAUGAAUAGCGUUAUUGUAUAGGCAAUUUUUUAAACUGUCACAGAUUCCAUGGUUUAGCAAAUAAUCAUGAAUACUGGAUUCUAGUUGCUGUUAUCAGUUGAUUUGUCUCAGCAGGGUCACCACUCGCAUCUUAACAUCAUGACCCCGGGUCUACUGUGUUUAUGAAGCUUGAAAAGGAGGAGACUGUAACAUCUUCCACUGUAACAUCUUCCACUGUAGGUUAAUUGUAAUAACAUGCCCAUCCCAGCUUAGACUUGAUUCACUAAAGCAUUUGUUGCCAUUUUAUUAUCCCAUAAUAGUAAUACAUUUUUGUAUUUGUGUAGUGCCUAUUUAUGAAAAAUGUUUACCACUGGUGCUUUAAUAACAUUGCCAAUAUAAGGUUCAUUUGUAUUACUAUAAAUUACUCUAUAUAAAUGGUCCAAAUUAAUGUCAGUCAAUUUUUGAAUUAAUUAUGUGCUUAAAAAAUCUGCCAGCUAGCUGUUAUGGUCUUUCUUUUUGUAAAAAUUAAUCUGGGAGCAAUGUGGAAAAUUAAUAACUUUAAUUUUAGCAAGCCUUUCUUAUUGUGAAUACUUAACAUAUCUAUUUUAAUAUGAUUAUCAAAUUGUUGCGUGUAAGUACUGUUUUUCCACUUUUAUGUAUAAUUUGUAUUCAUUGUUGAAGAUUUUAAAACAAAUAUUACUAAGUUUGUUAUGAUUUACAAUUACACACAAUGUGAUUGUGUAUGGUUUCAAAUCCUAUGCUGUCCUUGUUGCUUGUAUCAUUGGUAAGGUUCUUUUUUAUGUUGUCUUUCUCCAGUGGCAUAACACCUAUGACCUUUCAUUAGCUAGAGCAAGGGGCCUAAACCUUAUAUUGCCAAAGACAUGGGGCCAAGAUAUAUUAAUUGACAUUACCUUCUGCAAGAUCAUGGGCCACAAAUCAACUAGCGGGUUUCUUUAGAACAGCAUAAUACAUCAUUAAAUCUUUAAAAGCGUCUUUUUGUUACACCACUGUCUUUCUCAACUGAGUAUAAAACGGUAAUAUUUUAAUGACAAUGCACUGAUUACCAGGGGUAGCGCCAGGAUUUGCACGAUGUGGGGGCCGACUCCCCGAGGUGAGCGCUAUCUCCCAGAAGUAAUUCCGGUGGCCCUGGAAACUACGACAAUUUUGGAGUUUUAGAGUCUACUAAUAUUUUAAAAAAUACAUAUAAUGUUUUGUUCUCCCUGACGAGGGACCAACUCUCCUCGACGGGGACUCAGCUCUUCCCGACAGGCUACCAGCCCUCCCCGAUGGGAACCCCCAACUGGCGCCACCCCUGUUUCCAUAGGCAGAUGAGUGAUGAGAGGCUGAUAUUUUAAUACUGUAUUAUUGAAUAAUGACAGUAUUCUUAUUUUUACUAUGCAAUCUGUGAAGAAUAUAUAAAUACAUUUCAUUAUGUAUAUAUUCUUUUUUGUUUAAACAAGAAAUUGUUUUAAAUACUCAUUUGUAUGUUUGUAUUCUUUGCUUGAUUAAACACAGAGUGUUUUAA